GUCAUAAAGAGCUAUAGCCUUUAGACCGUAUUGUACCUGUGUAUUUUGCUUUGCCCCAGCUGGACGACUCGGCAACUUCGUCAAGUGAAGAUAUAUUGGGGAUCAUCAUGAGAGGUGGCAUUGUCCUACUCGUGUUUAUUGUGAACUGCGUUCGGUUUGGAGAUAGCAGAGGACUGGAUUUAGGACUAUGUUCUAACGAGAACAUUGUCUGUCCGUGUGGUAAUGUUGGAGGACUUGAAAUACACAUACCCAUUAAGCGAUGCACUUUCUUCUACCGAUGGAAACCCUACUGCAAAGCUUGCGAAGAGUACGACAAGGAUGCACUUUGUAGCCAGUUCGGACACUGUCUAAGUUGUAAUGCCCAAAAAGAUGGAGGCUGCUCCGCUUGUCCACUAGGGCGUUAUGGGAAACAUUGUCAAGGAGUGUGCCAGUGUCAGAAUGGAGGCAUUUGUGACUCCAAGGAUGGAAUGUGUAAAUGUCCAGACAGAUACAGUGGAACAUUCUGCGAGAAGGCAUUGCAUGGCACUUGCGGAUCAGCCCCGAGAAUUCGCCACGGCACAGUAACCGGGAACACUGCCGGGACUGUCCAAGAAGGGAGUGUUGUGUCAUACAGAUGCGAGGGUGGUUAUACUCUGGUGGGACCCACUGAGAAACGCUGCCAGAAGAACGGACUCUGGUCAGGGGGAGAACCACGAUGUGAGUACAUGUGUGUCGUACCGAGCCCUAAGCCCCAACUGACGAUGUCUGUGGAACCCUACACGACAAUGCCAACACCAGAUAACCCACAAGGUGUUGAACUGGUAAGACGAGUACGCUUUACCUGCAAUCAAGGGUAUGUUCUCCAAGGUUUGUCUGAACUCAACUGCCUCCCUACGAGCCAAUGGAACGGAGACGUCCCAAGUUGUGACAAGUCCACAUCGUGCCCUGCUCCGGUUCUUCAAGGGCAAAUUCAGCCAGUGGCAAACUCCUACAGACCGGGAUCGACAAUUUCGCUAAGCUGUAACAGUGGUUUCACCCUAGAGGGCGCUUCUAGAUUGACAUGUCAGCCAAGUGGUCAGUGGAAUGCACCUGUUCCAGCGUGCGUCGAGAUAGGCAAGUCCUGUUCAGAGCUUCAGGCGCCAAAAAAUGGUGGCAUUCUGAAAUCUUCUGGCUCAGCUACUGUUGGUCAAAAAGUGACGUUCACCUGUAACUCCGGAUAUGUACUUACGGGUUCAGUAGAGCGACAGUGUCGGGAGGACGGAACGUGGUCAGGGGAGACAACACUCUGUACCAAAGUUACUUGCGCCAAUCCUGGAACUCCAAAGCAUGGCCUGCUAAUCCCUGGUAAAAGAAACCGUUUGAAUCGUGGACGAAGCCGCCUGCCUUUCAUGGGGUCUGCUGGUCAAUUCGCAUUCAACACAGUGAUUAGAUUUACAUGCAAUAGUGCCUACAAUAUUGUCGGUUCCCAAACACGCAAAUGCCAGAGCAACGGACAGUGGAGUGGCGAGCAACCGCGAUGUGUUCCAGUCUGCGGUAAGUCAGCAGGUGCCAGAAACAUAAAGAUCAUCCGAGGUGAAGUAUCCCGACAAGGCGCUUACCCUUGGCAGGCUAUGCUUGCUCAGCCGCUGCUGGGAGGUGAGUCCUACGGCGUCUGUGGGGGAGCCCUGAUCAACGAGGACUGGGUGAUAACCGCUGCACACUGCGUCACGGAGAGGGAAAGCACAACAGUCCUGCCGCUUUCUGACAUCAAGAUCUACCUUGGAAAAUAUUACCGGGACAACGCCAAGGACGACGAUCAAGUGCAAGAAUUUGCGAUUUCCAGAAUUGAAGUACACCCGAAUUACAAUCCAAGUGCAUUGGACUCUGACUUAGCCCUGGUGAAGCUGUCGGUACCUGCCGUAUUAACAAAAAGGGUCAUGCCCAUCUGCCUACCUGAAACCAUGGCUGAAGGAUUAUCUUUGUCUGAAGAAUUGUUGAAACCAGGGAAGUUAAUAACAGUGACAGGAUGGGGAGAGACCGAAAACGGGACUGACGCUGAGGUCCUUCUUAUCACCGGGCUGCGAAACAUUAACAACACCGAUUGUGAACAGAGAUAUAUUACCGAGAGAAACCCUCUCUCAGUGACAAAUAACAUGUUCUGUGCUGGCCAUGAUGACGCCCGAACGGACACCUGCUUCGGGGAUUCAGGCGGACCCGCCGUGGCUUUCAAAGGAAGAGGUUUGGACAGGGUGUGGUACCUUAUGGGAAUCAUAAGCUGGGGGAGCCCAGUCGACUGCGGUGUGCCCAACCAUUACAGUGGUUUCACAAGAGUUGGCAAUUUCAUAGAUUUCAUAAAGCGUAUUACUACUGCGAACUAGGAAGUAAAGAAUAAAAGAAUUCGUGAUUGGAUGAGGUGCUUUACUGAGUUCUGAAAUGUAAUACCUGAAAGCUAUUGAGUGUUUUAUAAUGUGAACAACAAAAUCUAUAGUUAAUCUCAAGACAGAUUUAUAACACUAUAUAUAUUUAAUUUAUUUGGACAUAGAUUAAACGAUUUAUUUAUGUAUACUGUAGAAUUCACCAUAGAUUAUCAACCCUAAAGGCGGAUUUAUCAUUUUAACGCGAAUACUAGUCGGUUUCAUUCACAGUGCGAUGCACGGGAGUUAGACAACAGACUGUAUUGAUCCAGUUUUGCUAAACUAUUCACGAGAUUAAGAUGUUGUUUUCCGCAAGCCUUUAGACAAUAUCGGUGCAUUUGCUCAUUACCGUAUAAUCUGCGUAAAUAGUUAUAUUUGUUCAAAACGCUUACCUGGUUUAGAAUGAUAUUUGUAAUGAAGACUUCACGCUUUCACAAUUUAAAAUGCUAGCUAUGCCCAAAGAUAUUCAGAUGUUAUGUGAUUGUUAGUGCAUACCUAUCAGAUUGUCUUCUGUAUUCACGCCUGUAAAAGGCCUCAGUCACAAAAACAAGAACGAAAAGUUAAAUUUACUAUUUGCGCUUUGUAAGACACCACUCAGUGAUUAUUGAAUGAAUAUUUAAUACAGCCGAAUCUUCGGAACUUUGUUGGAGUGUUUCUCAUUUCAUAAGUUCAAAUUAUUUUUGGGAUACACUUUAUGAAGUUGAAACCAUUGGCCUUAGCACACAAGACCAGCCCGGUACGCAAUAUUGUCUACUCGGUUAUCUCUGCAUAGCGCAACUGUGUGCUAUGAAAUCAUGCAGAUCUUUUCGUGUCUUGUAACCAUUUAUCUCAUUAAAAUGUCUUUUC